CCCCUCCUCCUCCGCCGCCGCCGCCGCCACUUUCUCGCUCGCUCCCGCUCCCCGGACGCGGCGGAUGAGCCGGCCCCGCUGGGGAAGGGCUCGGGGCGGCGGCGGGCGGCCGGGAGGAGGCUGCGUGCUCGGAGCUGGGGCUGCGAGCGGGGUGAUUUUGUAUUAAAAUGAGGAGGAGGAAGAAGAGGCAGCCACAGCGGCGGCGGCGGCAGCAGCAGCAGCAGCAGCAGCAGGAACAGCGGCGUAGAGGGCUGCAGCCCGGGCGGACGCGCGGAGCCGAGCUGGGCACGGCGGCGGCGGCGACAGCGGCCGGGAUGAGUCAACUAAUAAUUUAAUGGGGGCAGAGACGGCAGCGCGGGGGAGAGCGAGCGAGAGCGAGCGAGGGAGAGAGAGAGAGAGAGAGAAGCAGCCCCGUCCGGGGACUCGCGCUCACACGCACGCACACACACACAAACACACACACACACCUCUCCCUGUGCCACCCAGCAACAACCGGCCUCGUCACAACAACAGCAACAGCCGCCCUCUAGCCCAGCCCGGGGACCGAGCAUAAAGCCGGGGCGACUCCAGAGGACGCUUCCCACCCCCCUCUUGCAUUUCGGGAAACUCCUCAUCAGUUUUGUUGGGGUUUCUGGGUUUCUUCUCCCCCCAAGUCCUAGUGCCAUUGUGGUGCUCGUUGUUUACCUCGGACUCUGGCUGAGUGAGAGCUUGGCGACUUUUUGGGGGGGAGGGGGCGGGGAGUUUGUUGCUGCUGAGGCGGUGGAGGUGGCUGGGGGUGCCUUCUGAUUCCCUCCCCCUCCCCCCAAACCCUCUUUCUCUUUCCCUACUCACUCGGCUCCCCAGGCGCUCGCAGCCCCGCGUCAAUGGGCUGGGAGAGGGUCCUCGGGGCUGCUGUAAGCGAGGGCCGAAUCAAAAGUGGCAUUUCAGUGCCUUUCCGGGGCUCUUUCCGCGACCUUCUGCCCCCCACCCUCGCUGUCCCCCGGUAGAUGCCCUUGUUGGGGUUGCGAGGCUGUGGGAAGAAAGUUUAAGGUUUGUUAAUAAUUAGUCGCAAUUGUUGGGGAGGGGGUGGGGGCGAUUGGAAGGGAGGCGAGGUGGCCUUCCCCUCUCUGCGUUCUCUGGGGUUAUUGGAGAAUAAUAUUGCAAGUGACAGCCAGAAGUAGACUUUCUGUCCUCACACUGAAGAACCCGAGCGAGCAGGAGGGAGGGAGGGAGCGAGGGGACCUUUUUUUCCUUUCUGGAGACCUUGUCCGCAGUGAUUUUUUUUUUUUUUCCUUUUUAAGAGAAUCCUCAGUCACCACCUCGCCUCCCCAGCAUCACCACAGUGUACAGCUCAUAACGGGUUUUGCUUUGUUUUUACGAUUCCCCCCCCCCAACGAAUCACUUGUCAGAUCAAUUUUAUCUUCUCCCUCCUCCCUACUUCCCACUCUCCCCUCCUCCCCCAUCGAAAACCCGGUUUUCUGAGGUUAGACAUUUUACAAACCAUAUAUGUUGUUUUUCGAAUUGUGAUUUUUUUUUUUUAACCCCCUCUCCCAUGGCUACUCUUCUAGACGUUUAUUUCUGCCCUUCCCCCGCUUAGGGGGGCGGGGGUAGGGGAAGAGAAAAUAAUACAAUUUCAGGGGAAGUCGCCUUCAGGUCUGCUGCCUUUUUUUUUUUUUUUUUUAAAUUAAAAAAAAAAAAGGACAUAGAAAACAUCAGUCUUGAACUUCUCUUCAAGAACCCGGGCUGCAAAGGAAAUCUCCUUUGUUUUUGUUAUUUAUAUGCUGUCAAGUUUUGAAGUGGUGAGUUUCAGGUGAUCUUUAGAGGGUAACUGAGUAUGGAUCAUUUGAACGAGGCAACUCAGGGGAAAGAACAUUCAGAAAUGUCUAACAAUGUGAGCGAUCCGAAGGGUCCACCAGCCAAGAUCGCCCGCCUGGAGCAGAACGGGAGCCCGCUAGGAAGAGGAAGGCUUGGGAGUACAGGUGCAAAAAUGCAGGGAGUGCCUUUAAAACACUCGGGCCAUCUGAUGAAAACGAACCUUAGGAAAGGAACCAUGCUACCAGUUUUCUGCGUGGUGGAACAUUAUGAAAACGCCAUUGAAUACGAUUGCAAGGAGGAGCAUGCGGAAUUUGUGUUGGUGAGAAAGGAUAUGCUUUUCAACCAGCUGAUCGAAAUGGCAUUGCUGUCUCUGGGCUAUUCGCAUAGCUCUGCUGCCCAGGCCAAAGGGCUAAUCCAGGUUGGAAAGUGGAAUCCAGUUCCACUGUCUUAUGUGACAGAUGCCCCUGAUGCUACGGUAGCAGAUAUGCUUCAAGACGUGUAUCAUGUGGUCACAUUGAAAAUUCAGUUACACAGUUGCCCCAAACUAGAAGACUUGCCUCCCGAACAAUGGUCGCACACCACAGUAAGGAAUGCUCUGAAGGACUUACUGAAAGAUAUGAAUCAGAGUUCGUUGGCCAAGGAGUGCCCCCUCUCACAGAGUAUGAUUUCUUCCAUUGUGAACAGCACUUACUAUGCAAAUGUCUCAGCAGCAAAAUGUCAAGAAUUUGGAAGGUGGUACAAACAUUUCAAGAAGACAAAAGAUAUGAUGGUUGAAAUGGAUAGUCUCUCUGAACUGUCCCAGCAAGGUGCCAAUCACGUCAACUUUGGCCAGCAGCCGGUCCCAGGGAACACAGCUGAGCAGCCUCCGUCCCCCGCACAGCUCUCCCAUGGCAGCCAGCCCUCUGUCCGGACCCCUCUACCGAACCUGCACCCUGGGCUCGUGUCAACGCCCAUCAGUCCUCAAUUGGUCAACCAGCAGCUGGUGAUGGCUCAGCUGCUGAACCAGCAGUAUGCAGUGAAUAGACUUUUAGCCCAGCAGUCCUUAAACCAACAAUACUUGAACCACCCUCCCCCUGUCAGUAGAUCUAUGAAUAAGCCUUUGGAGCAACAGGUUUCAACCAACACAGAGGUGUCUUCCGAAAUCUACCAGUGGGUACGUGAUGAACUGAAACGAGCAGGAAUCUCCCAGGCAGUAUUUGCACGUGUGGCUUUUAACAGAACUCAGGGCUUGCUUUCAGAAAUCCUCCGAAAGGAAGAGGACCCCAAGACUGCAUCCCAGUCUUUGCUGGUAAACCUUCGGGCUAUGCAGAAUUUCUUGCAGUUACCAGAAGCUGAAAGAGAUCGGAUUUACCAGGAUGAAAGGGAAAGGAGCUUGAAUGCUGCCUCGGCUAUGGGUCCUGCCCCCCUGAUAAGCACACCGCCCAGCCGCCCUCCCCAGGUGAAAACAGCUACUAUUGCCACUGAGAGGAAUGGGAAACAAGAGAACAAUACCAUGAACAUUAAUGCUUCCAUUUAUGAUGAGAUUCAGCAGGAAAUGAAGCGCGCCAAAGUGUCCCAAGCACUCUUUGCAAAGGUUGCUGCAACCAAAAGCCAGGGGUGGUUGUGUGAGCUGUUGCGCUGGAAAGAAGAUCCUUCUCCAGAAAACAGGACUCUGUGGGAGAACCUCUCCAUGAUCCGAAGGUUCCUCAGUCUUCCUCAGCCAGAACGUGAUGCCAUUUAUGAACAGGAGAGCAAUGCGGUGCAUCACCAUGGCGACAGGCCGCCUCACAUUAUCCAUGUUCCAGCGGAGCAGAUUCAGAGCCCCUCUCCCACCACCCUUGGGAAAGGAGAGUCUAGAGGCGUUUUCUUACCGGGCCUGCUGACCCCUGCACCAUGGCUCAGUGCUGCUCCCCAGCAGCAGGCGCCCGCGCAGGCGCAGCAGCAGCCGGCGCCGCCGCCCCCCCAGGCGCAGGCGCAGCAGCCCGCCGGGCCCCGCCUCCCCCCGCGGCAGCCCACCGUGGCCUCUCCCGCAGAGGCCGAGGACGAGAACCGGCAGAAGACCCGGCCACGAACGAAAAUUUCCGUGGAAGCCCUAGGCAUCCUCCAGAGUUUCAUCCAAGAUGUAGGCCUGUACCCGGACGAAGAGGCCAUCCAGACUCUGUCCGCGCAGCUUGACCUGCCCAAGUACACCAUCAUCAAGUUCUUUCAGAACCAGCGGUAUUAUCUGAAGCACCACGGCAAACUGAAGGACAACUCCGGCUUGGAGGUGGAUGUGGCCGAAUACAAGGAAGAGGAGUUACUUAAGGAUCUGGAAGAGAGUGUCCAAGACAAAAAUGCUAACACCCUUUUCUCGGUGAAGCUAGAAGAAGAGCUGUCAGUGGAAGGAAACACGGACAUUAACACUGACUUGAAAGACUGAGAUCAAAGUAUUAUUUUCAUUCAUCAGUGCCACUGGUAUUUACUAACGAAAUGAGAAGUCCACCGUGUAUUCUCUCAGAAAACCUUUGUUGUUCAUUGUUUGGCCAAUGAAUCUUCAGAAACUUGCACAAACAGGAAAGUGGAGAAAGGAUAAUGCAGACUGCACUAAAUGUUUUACUCUGUUUUACAAACUGCUUGGCAGCCCCAGGUGAAGCAUCAAGGAUUGUUUGGUAUUAAAAAUUAAAAUUUGUGUUCAUGGGACACAUCAAGGUGUGUACCCCGUAAGCAUGAUACCGGUGAUUUUUUUUUUUUUUU